AUGCUACAGACGUUGGAGAGCUUCAACUCCAAUAUCGACAGCUCACUGGACCUGGGCAUAGGUGCAGCCGAGAUCCAGCAUGCCUUUACUGGUGAAGAGCUUAAAGCCGUGAUCAAUGCUUAUAUAGUCAGGAUCAAGGACAUUUUCGCCUUUAGUCUAGCCGGUGCGGUAGCAGCCGUUCUCUUAUCACUUCUUAUUCCCCAAAAACAGCUUCCCGAUCAUCAACACAAGACGGAUGAGUCCGGAACUGCUUGA